CUUCAGAGUAAGAAUCAAGCUGUUGUUGACACCUAUGCCCGCCAGAGGCUCAUCAACGGUAGGUAAUCUUUUGUUUAUGUUUAUGCGUGGGAACUUUAUCUGCUUGCCAGCUGUGUGUAUUUCCCACAUGUCGGCAGCAUCGUGGUAUCUACCUAGGUAACUACGUGGAAGAUUUGGUCUGAUAGGGAUACCUACCUACCUAAGUUAGGUAUGUACGUAGGUAGGUAGGUAUGAUGCAAAAUUUAAGUUGUCGAGAGGCACCAUGCGUGAUAGUUGAAAGGUUAAGGCCAUGCUAAGACGUUGCCCAGGUGAAUAGCAUUCUUAUUUAAGGUCGGGGCGAUGGCAGUAGUUGCUCUCAGAGGCCCGUCCCCCCUUUCCUCCCAAACCUACCACUGUUGUUCUUGUUUUCCUAUCUACGUCGGUAAUAUUACUCGUUUUCUGUGAAAUCAACACAUCGAUCGAGUCAAGAAACUAUAUAAUCUACCCGUCUACCUGCCUACAUCGGUUACAACAUACCUACAUAGGGUAGUAUAGUCCUUUCACAUACCCACACGACUUCAUAUACACCUACGUACCAUGCGUCUCCUAAACAUCCUCGCGACAACCCUGCUGUCGUCCACGACAAUUCUGUGCGCGCCGCUGUCAUCUGAUGACACCUAUGCGGACGCACAAUACCAGCUUUCGCAUCUCGACAGCCCCAAGCCCGCCGACGACAACAACAACAACGUCACCGCGGAUGGCGGACCCAUCACCAGGCACUUCGUGUGCCAUCCGAAUUUCCUGCAGCAGCAGGACGCGUUGGACGAGACGGAGAGUAGUAAGAUGAAGAGUUAUUACGAUGAGGUUUUGAUGGUGACAGGCGGGUGGUAUAAAAAUGCGAUUUUAUUCCCAGGGACCUCGAAACAACUUGAGAGUCGUGGGUCGCACUGGCAAAACCCCCUCCAUUGCUACAAUGGCUGCAGAGGCUGCCUCGUCGGCCACAUGGAGAAGCUCACGCCCAACGCUCGCUGCUACCUCGGCGCCGGCUUCAAUGCUGAGUGCACGAUUGAGUACCAGUGAUUGAGCAGGUGUGUUUGGAUGGUCGACGAUACGAGAUACGAGGGAUAUAGGAUAGCAAGCAAGCAGGUAUCUGUGAUUUAUGAGUUUCUGUGUUUAGGGAGAGGGGG